CACCUGGAGCAAACUUGCCCAGAAACGGAACCAGAUCGCGGUCAAUGGUCAGGGAAGCUGGAUUUUUUGAUGAGUAUGAUAGCGUAUGCUGUUGGACUCGGAAAUGUGUGGCGUUUUCCGUACUUGUGUUUCAAAAACGGUGGCGGUUCAUUUUUGGUUGUGUAUGCGAUUUUCUUCUGUUUGGCUGCUGUACCGAUUUUUAUUAUGGAGGUUACAAUUGGUCAAUACUUGCAAAGAGGUGCUAUGGAAAUGUGGAAGAUGUGUCCGAUUUUUAAAGGAGUUGGUAUUGGCAAUGUGGUGAUCGCUUUUAUGUGUAUAGCCUAUUUUUGUGUGAUUAUUAGCUGGGCGAUCUUCUACAUGAUUUCCUCGUUUCAUAGCGUUUUUCCGUGGGAAUCCUGCGAUAACUAUUGGAAUGAUAACACUUGUGUAACGGGAAGGGAAAGUUCGUUGGCGUUAGCGAGAAUAGCGAAAAACCUUUCCCGUUCUGGUGCACGAACACAAACCUCUGUGGAACAGUUUUGGGAACGUCGUGUACUACAACAAACGAGCUCGAUCGACGAAUUUGGUAGUAUUCAGUGGGAAUUGCUGGCGAUUAUGUUUCUUUCGUGGCUUAUCGUCUACUUUGCUUUGUGGAAAGGAAUUACACAGGCUAGAAAAUUUGUGUAUUUCUGCGCCUUGUUUCCGUAUUUCCUGCUGUUUGUUCUGCUUGUUCGUGGUGUAACACUCGAAGGGGCUGGAGAAGGUAUUUACUAUUAUCUGAAGCCUAACAUGACUCGUCUGUCCGACACCACAGUUUGGAAAGACGCUGGAACACAGGUGUUCUAUUCAUAUGGUGUCGGCUUUGGCGCUCUAAUCGCACUAGGAUCUCACAAUAAAUUCAACCACAACUGUUUCAGAGACGGCUUAGUGAUGUGCGUUAUUAACGGCUCUACCUCAAUUCUUGCCGGUUUUGUAGUUUUUUCCAUUCUUGGAUACAUGUCAUUCAUUGCGCAAAAGGACAUCGCUGAAAUAGUGAAACCAGGUGUUGGUCUGGCCUUUCUUGCAUAUCCGGAAGUGGCCAGUAAUCUACCAGCAAAGCAAAUUUGGUCUUGUCUUUUUUUCCUCAUGAUCACCAUUCUGGGCUUAGACAGCCAGGUAUGUAUGAUGGAAGGCCUAUUCACUGCAUUGGAGGAUUCGUUCCCAUUUAUCUUACGAAAACACAAAAAAGUCUCUUUAGCAGUCACGUGCUUAAUAUUCUUUAUCAUUGGAAUUCCGAUGGUUACAAAUGCUGGUGCUCACUGGCUCCAAUUGGUCGAUAACUACGGUGCCAGUGGUUAUGCGUUGUUAUUCGUCGUAUUUUUUGAGGUCGUAGGUCUAUCAUGGGGAUUUGGGGCCGAACGAAUUCUUGCUGCAAUGAAGGAGAUGGUUGGCAUCAAACUCUCCUAUCCAUGGAUCAUCAUAUGGAAAUUCGCUGCUCCAUCAACAUGUGCUGUUUUGUUCUUCUUCUGUGUUAUCUACUACCAACCGCUCAAAUAUCCGAACGGCACUGAUUAUCCGGUCUGGGCGAAUGUUUUCGGUCUUUUUUUGUCAUCAUGUUCGAUGAUCGUCAUUCCUGCCUAUGCCGUCUACUACUUGUUAUUCACUAAUAAACAAAUUUUGGGCUUUGUAAGAAAAAAUUGCACUCUUGGAGAACUCACUCUUCGCUCCUGCGUCCGAAUCGAAAGGGAUCCUGUCUGCUGUUGA